AUAAAUCCGCACAUGUCCAUCAUUUUGAAGUGGAAAAAAGAGAACAACCCGCAAGAGACAGUUGAGGCCCGUGUCUCGAACCUUUCCAACCCCCAGUUCUGAUCCCUCCAUGCCCUGGCUCGGAAUCAGGCGUUCCCCAUCACUGCGCUUUGGUUUCUUAUUUGACUUAUACCUACCUAAGACCAAAACUCAAUGCUUAACUUUUGACGAGCGGCCCUUUUACUUUUAUUUUUUUGUAAAAACAUUUAUCUAUUAAACUCAUACAGCUGCCUUCGGGAGUACAUAAGCUCUACCGAUAUAAUGCUGCAUCUCUCGGACUCAUUUGUUAUCUCGGCUGGCACCGUCGCCAUUGACAUAUUCAAAAACGUUGUACUCGUCCUCUAUUCUCCUAGUAUCCAGAAAUAUUUCCUUCCCAAAGGUCGAAAAGAUAUCCACGAAUCUCUGCAUGACACCGCCGUCCGCGAGACACUCGAAGAGUCAGGUUACGCAGUUAAGCUCCUCCCGCACAAGCUAGCCACAAACGCGGUACACGCACACCGGCUUCCCGAGAGAGAUCCGGUUGUAAAUAGCACGAGUACAGAUCCUGUUUCCGGGGCGCAAGAUGUGGCUCAUCUCCCUCUUGCUGGUUGUUCCGCUGCUCGUCCUUGCCCCGCUCCUCCUAGUACUAUUGUUGGUCGGGAUAAUAAUCAUCCUGUGUGCGGCCAUCAGCCUGUAUCUGCUUGCGCUGAAAGCACUGGCAUACCUCAGCGGGAACGAUCCACCGGGCAUCUGGAGCCUCUGGAAUGGCAUAUAGAACCCAUUGCAGUUCAACAACGUGCCUAUCAGCAUUCCUACAAGUUGAUUUUUUGGUACCUAGCGGAGGUGGAUUCGGAGAAAGCGCCAAUAGAGGCGCCGCGGGAAGCGUGGGAAGAUUAUGAAGUCUGCUGGGUUCCGGCGGAGGAAGCGGCGGGGAAGGUGACUAUGGAGGAGGACGGAAAAAUCAUAGAAUGGGCACUGGAGGGGGCAAGGGGGGUUAAAGCGGAGCGGAAUGUUGGCGGGGUGCCGGCGGAGGCGUGAUCUUAAUUAACGCCUUGGGGCUAGCCGAGGCCUUUGGACGAGGUAUAUACCUACGUAUCGUGCUGUGUAUGUAUGUACAUACACAUAUACAUACCCGCCCAUGUAAAUAGGUAAUCCGCCGUUGAAGCGAGCUGGCAAUGUUGUUGUGUAGACAGGAGGUCUUCGGAAAAUGAUAUGGAGAAUUCUAUUCUUCUAGGAAGCCUGCAAGGAGAACCC